GCCAGGUCCAGACUGAGACAAGUCACUCCUGCAAGCGUGCAGUCGUUCACCUCACACAGCAAUCAUGACCUUCAACGCAACGUGGAAAGUAGACCGCAAUGACAACUAUGAAAAGUUUAUGGAACAGAUGGGUGUCAACAUGGUGAAGAGAAAGCUAGCCGCUCACGACAACCUCAAGAUCAUCAUCGAGCAGACAGGAGACAAGUUUCACGUGAAGGAGAGCAGCGCCUUUCGUACAGUGGAGAUAGACUUUACCCUGGGGGUGACCUUUGAAUACAGCCUUGCAGAUGGAACAGAGCUGUCGGGUUCAUGGGUCAUGGAGGGAGACAUGCUGAAAGGUGUUUUCACCAGGAAGGACAACGGCAAGACACUGACAACAACCAGGGUCAUCGCUAACGAUGAACUUGUACAGAGCUUCAACUACGAGGGCGUGGAUGCCAAGAGGUUUUUCAAGAGGGGCUAGAGGUCAAGAGUCAGCAUGGACGGAUGUGUCAAGAUACUGUACAAUUUGUCAAAUGUUUCAAUACAGAUGGCUAAACAAGCAUUUUAAGCAUGUUUCACAUUGCUAUCCACAGUCGCAGACAACAUCAGACCAGAUUUCCUUUCAUUAACCAACUUGGAAAUCUGUAUACAUUUUGAAGGAAAAACGCUUUUUUUUAUAUAUUAAAUUUUAAAAACA